AAAAUUCAAAAAAGGAAAUAGGAAAAAUGGAAAAGGAAAAAAAAGAAGCAGAAAUAGAAUAGGGUAGAAAUUCCCACCCAACCAAACAGGUUACAGGUUCUAAUCUCUAUCUCUACGUUACUUUCCUAUAUUCUCUCUUUUUUCUAUUUGGGUAUUUUUUUCACAAUCCACUCUCACCAAAAUUCCGUUUCUUCCGUUUUCAAUUUUACCUUCCUCCUCCGCCACCGUCCGCGGCCGGCGUCGCCGUCGUUACAACCACCACCACCUCCACCUCACUCGCUCCUCUAGACCUCUAUGUAUUUCAAGAAAAUCCGGUUUUUAGGGUUUAUAUUCAGCUCCUUGUUGAUCCUUGCAGCCGGUUAAUUGGAUUGAAAUCAGAAGGAAUCAAUGCUAGUAAUUGUCGGUAUAUUACUGCUUUUCGGUCUUGUAGUUCGGCAUAAGUGGCGGAAUGGGGCGGCGAAGAAGGAGGCGAUUCUGAGGCUGGUGGCCGUCGCCUCGGAAGAAGAAGCACAAAUUGCUAAGCUACAAGCUGUUGAGCAGUACAAUUCUCAGCACGUAGAGUACACGCCGCAGCCCAGUAAUACGCAGCAGCUCGAAGCGCAGCAUUUUUGUGCCGUUUGUCGUUGCCCCACCACCACUAGGUGUUCUAGGUGUAAAGCUGUUAGAUACUGUUCUGGUAAGUGCCAAAUAAUUCAUUGGAGACAAGGCCAUAGAGAUGAGUGCCAGCCAGCAGUUGCAUUGUAUGCUACAAAGAAAAGUGAAUAUGUUGUGGAAACAGCACCAGAAAAUCAGUUUACUAUGCAUUUGAAAAAUGAAAGUAAAAUUUGUUCAGAUCCCAGCAAUGACUGUGAUGAUUCAGGAUCCUCAGGUAGCUCAACGUCUUCCUUCUUUUCUUCCACUGAUCAAAGUGAAGCAUCAGCUGAUGCUUCUACUAAUGAGGAUGUUGAGUGUCGGCCAGCUCUUGCAUUACAUGCAAGAAUGAAAAGUGAUUUUGUUGUGGAAACAGCUCCAGAAUUUGCUAUGCAUUUGAAAGAUGAAAUUAAAAUUUCAGAUCCCAGUGAAGAAUGUGAUGAUUCGGGAUCUUCAGGUAGUUCAGUAUCUUGCUUCUUGUCUUCUACCAAACAAAGUGAAAUGUGUUUUGAUGCUUCCACUGAUGAGCAUGUCAAGUUAGGAACUCCUACCAGGCCAGAUAAAGCACCUUCUACUGGAAUUGAUUCAUACAUCUCAGAAACUGUUCCCUACUUUGGUGAUGCAAAUGUACUACGUACAUCUCAUCCUGGUUAUUUGGUUAACAAGAUUGAAAAGACACCUGCUAGUAAGAUUGAUGAAAGCCUCACGUCAACUAACUUGAAAGAUAAAAGAAAAGGAGGUGGGGUUGCUGUGAUAGAAGAAUUUGUACCUGCUAAGUCUGAGUUGGGAAGUCCACAAUCAACUAGUUCUGCAAGGACAUCUUCAACUGGUGAUUGGGAAAAUCUAGUGCAGACAUCCACCAGUAGAGUAAUGAGAUCAAAAUCUGCUAAGACUUCAGGCAAUAAUGAAGUGCAAAAUAUAGACCUGAGUUCAGAAUACUUAAAAUCUUCAAAGUUGCCACAAUCCCAUGAAUACAGGAAAACUGAACUUUGCAAUGGAAAGGAAACAAGAUCUGUGACAAUGUCUACAAGUUCAGGGGAUUGUCAGAAGAUGCAUACAAAUGCUGAUAGCCCUCAGGCUAUUUCUUUAGAGACUGAAGGUGUUCGAAUUUUGUCACAAUCUACUGGUAAAGGUCUGAAAACAUCUGUACGGAAACUUGCACAACAUUUUCGAGUGCCCAAGCAGACAAAGUCCUAUACCAUAGAUAUGGUCAAGGAUUUCGGUGACAAUCAUAACCAUAAGGUCAUAUUUUCCUUCAAGAUUUUCAUGCAAUUAUACACUUCUGACAAUGUGGGACUUCAUCCGUUUGGUCUUGCUAAUUGUGGAAAUAGUUGCUAUGCUAAUGCUGUGCUGCAGUGCCUGAUUUUCACUCGACCGAUUACUUCAUAUCUUCUUCAAGGGCUGCAUUCAAAAACAUGUCGGAAGAGGGACUGGUGCUUUAUCUGCAAGUUUGAACAUCUGAUUCAAAAGGGACAAGUAACUAAUUCUCCUUUGUCCCCAGUUGGAUUACUGUCCCAUAUACAGCCAAUUGGAAGAGAAGAAGAUGCACAUGAGUUUUUGAGAAAUGUCGUCGACAAAAUGCAAUCUAUAUGUCUUGAAGAAGCUGGGGUUUCUGGUUCAUUCACUGAAGAUUCGACCCUUAUGGGUCUGACUUUUGGUGGUUAUCUUCGAUCAAAGAUUAAGUGCAUGAAGUGUUUAGGCAGAUCUGAGCAGCAUGACCGGAUGCUGGACCUUACGGUGGAGAUCGACGGAGACAUAUACACACUUGAGCAGGCUCUUGCACAGUUCACGUCGUCCGAAACACUUGGUGGAGAUGAUAAGUAUAAGUGCAACAGAUGCAAGUCUUAUGAGAAAGCAAAGAAGAAACUGACCGUGCUUGAGGCUCCUAACGUUCUCACUGUCGUUCUGAAGCGAUUCCGGUCAGGCAAUUUUGAGAAGCUGAGUAAACUAAUUCGGUUUCCUGAGGUUCUGAACCUUUUGCCUUAUAUGAGUGGGAUGGGGGACAAAUAUCCAAUUUAUCAUCUAUAUGCCGUGGUGGUUCACUUGGGUGUAAUGAACGGUGUUUACAGCGGUCACUAUGUCAGUUAUGUCAAAAAUUUCCAAGGACAUUGGUUUAGAAUUGAUGACAGCAGGGUGAGCCGUGUGGACUUGGAGACGGUCUUAUCUGAAGAAGCAUACAUUCUCUUCUAUGCAAGGCAUUCUCCGCGGGGUGCAUCUUUCGUAAGGAAUAGCAAUAUGUAUUCGGAUGGGAAAACCAAGAAAAACAUGGAAGCCAUUCCCUCCAGCAACAAUUCAAAGAAGAAAACUCUGAAGACAAAAUUAAGCUCUUCUGCUCGAAGUGCUGCCCAUUGGAUGUCUCCAAAUGAUUUCAGUGGUUCCCCCAUGGGAGAUCCCGAGGAUUGGGAAUUUCAAGUGCAGCAGCACAAAAAUCACAUAGUUGACUCUUCGAGUGACAGUUCUUCCAUUUUCAGCACAUCUGAUGCUGGCUCGUAUAGUACAGACAGCACUAAGGACUCAAGUGCAGAGGACCUCUCCGGCUACCUAUUCGGGUCCAACUGGUACCACCCAUGAUGGCUUCUGUUGGAGACAUCUCGUUCACAUGUAUUCAUAAACAGGCAAGACCGGACCGUUACCUCAUUGUCUUGUACAAGGAAGCUCCUGCGUUGAUCUGAGACCAUUGCAGAACCAAAUCUGGGUUUCCGGUGGAGGAUACUGGCAUUGCGAGAAGCCGGUGGUGCGUGCGACUGAACUUGAGGGGAACGAAGAUAUUUGGAAAGAGAAGGUACUCUUCCCAGUUCCCUUUUGUAUACUAGUAGUAGAUAAAUAGGCACUCCAAUAGUUGUAGAAGUAGAUAAAAUCACAGCAGAAUUAACUAACGCAGGAAUAAUUAUGUCUUCCCCAUAAAGAUAAGAGCUAGAGAGCAGCUCAAACAUUUUCUUUUGUUCCCUUUUUUUGGCGUUUGAGUUGUGGAUAAGCCUACAAGUUGUAAAUCCUCUCGGCCGAUUUGUAUUUCAGCAACUGCUCAUAUAUAAUUCCUAAUAUAUAUAUAAAGCCAUUAAUUUGGCCCUUUUCUAUAUCA